GAAGUCGAAGCGGAAAGACGCGUUUUUCUCACGUCCUCUUUUCUGCCGGUUAUUCGGGAAAUCGCAGUCGCAGUCGCAAUCGCAGUUAUCGGUUCAAUCUAUGCACUCGCACAGAUAAUUCUUUUGGCCAAAAAUAACAAAAAUCGCCGAUCUGAAAGAUACGAAUACGAAACCCAACGGAUUGCCAAUUUGUUUAUAUGCCAUGGUUGCGUUCGUGUGUGCGCGAGUAUCUGUGUGAGAAGCGCGUGUAAACAAAAAGAAAAGAAGAAAUAAAAAAAUAAACGAGCAGUGUAUCUUCUUCGGCUCUGAUAAGCUGACAAGUUUGAUAAAACACCAACCGAUGGUUGUUGUUAACAGCUAGGAAAACACAAGUGCUACUGCAUAAGAAAAGCCCCCCGCCCCCCUCCUCGACGCACCCUGCCAUCUGAAUUACGAAUCCAAACAAAUAGCGCCGGCUGGCGGAAUAAGUGAAAUUCAAGAUACAAUUGUAAAUACAGCGGAAUUAUUGGAAAAUAUACAUAAAAAUAGCAUCGCCGGUAUCGGUGCCAAUUAAAGCCGUGAAAAAUUCGCUGAAACAACAACAAACAACGACAACAACAACAGCAGCAGGCUAUUAUUGUGUAAAGUAUACGACUAAGUUCUUAUCGGUGUGCAAUCGUUGUUGUUUAUAUUAUUAUUCUAUAUGCUGGUUCGUUGAGUUGUUGUUAUUGCCUUAGCCGGCGUCGCGUCGGUGUUAGUGUGUCGGUGUGUUUGUGUGCAAACGAGUUUGCAAAUACAACAAAAAAAGGAAGGAAAAAAUUAUUGCAGUUACGGUGGCAAGUGUUGCAGAUAUACCAGCAGCAGCAGCAGCAGCAGCAACAACAACAACAACAAGUUAGCCAGAAACCAACACGCAACAGGCCACGAAAUUAAUUGGAAUGUAACAAAUCUGAAUGAAAGUGCUGAAGUUAAAUCAAUUUUUAAGUGAAUAAGAAACCCAAAAAUACCACACAUAAAUGACGAGCGUGAGCAGAGUGUAGAUAAUUAGUUGUAUCUUAUUCAUAUAUAGGGCAAUAUCCAAUCGCGAGUGCUAAAAUGCUGUCCUCCGCAGCAUCGGUCAUCGUCGGGAUGCAGAAAUCAAUCUGAAAUCAAAAUUAAGAAAAUAAAUCAAAAUAUAUCUGUCGCUCUAAGUAAUCAAAUCAAAAUUGCAUCAAAAGCCAACUCAAAUUGUUGCCCCACCAACAGUUUGAGUGCACAUUCACCUUGGCACCACUGUUCCCGUUCGUGAAACAUUUAAAAACGGCCUCAAAACGGAGUCCCUAGAGUUUCUGCGUUGCGAGGAAGAGGAUAUCAAGAUGGAUAUCCUACCGAGUGGCAACAUCUUCAGCGAGCUGGAGCGGAUCUGCACCACCGGCUACUACUCGUCGCAGCCGUCGAUUGAGGAUCAAUGGCAACAGACCUGCUACGAACUGGAGCGCUAUCUGCGGGAUGAGCCCAAGCUGCAGAAGAAGAUGCACAGCAAUCUGGACAAUCCGUGGGACAUAUUCUCCACACCCGCCCGCCUGCUCGAGGAGCUGAAGAUCAAGGAGCAGCACCUGGACACGAUCUCGACGACCUCCUCGGUCUCGUCCAACUGCUCGGGCACCUCUUGGGAUAGCAAUGGCUCCCAGGCACUGAGCUGCUCGGUGCUGGUUAAGCAGGAGCGGAUCGACGAGGAGGACGACGACGUGGGCUGUGACGACAAGCUGAGCGUGCUGCUCGCAGCCCCGCCCUCGGCCAUCUCCCCCAAUCCCAGCAUCGGCAGUGCGGGCAACAUGACGCCCACCAGCAUCAGCAACAGCAGCAGCAUCAGCAGCAGCAAUAGCCACAGCAAUAGCAACGGCAACACCACCGGCAGCAGCAACAUCAUCGCCAGCCCGCUGAGCAGUCUGGGCAGUGGCAGCACCAUCACAGUCAGUUCCCGCAACAGCUCGGCGCCGGGCAUCAAGGUGCGCGUGGUCCAGGCCAAGAAUCACCCGGGCAGCAAUGCGAGAAUGCACCUGGGGCAUGUCCAGGACUUCGUGCUGCCCACGCUCACGCCGCCCUCUUCGCCAGAGUCCAACCUGCGCAGCCACAAUUACGCCCAGCAGCUGGAGGCCAACGAUUUGGCGGCACUGAUACAGCAGCAGCAGCAGCAGCAACAGCAGCAGCAGCAGCUCCAUCCACAGCCCGGCAACUCCACACCCGCUACAGCAAUCCUGCGCUUCACCAGCCAGAGCAAUCCCACAAUGACGCAACUGCAGCAGCAGCAGCAACAGCUGGCCGUCCAGCAUUUGAGCAUAUCGCCACAGGCCCUUGGCCACAGCAACAUCGGCAGCAACUCGCCCAAGAGCAGCAGCAGCAGUAGCAGCAACAGCAGCAGCAACAGCAGCAGUAGCAGCCACAGUAGCAGCAGCAGCAUCAGCGGCAGCAGCGACCAGCCAACACACAGCAACAUUCCGCGCAGCACCAUCGUCCGCCUGACGACGGCCAACGGGAAGCCAGGAGCGGCUGGCAUCAGUCUGGCCCGGGUCAUCCAAAUGCAGAACAACGGCAAUGCCAAUGUUGCCGCCGUGCUCAGUGCAGCAGCCAACAGCGGCAGCAGCAGCAACAGCAGCAGCAACAUCAAUGGCAGCAGCAACACCAGCAGCAAUAGCAUCAACACCGCGACGCCGCAGCAACAGGUGCUUUCGCAACGGUCGGAAAAGUCGGCGAAUGGCUCCUCGAAACCGCACCACCCGCGCCAGCAUCACAGCGAUCACAGCCCGGACGCCAAGCGGCGGAUACACAAGUGCCAAUUUCUGGGCUGCAAAAAAGUCUACACGAAGAGCUCGCACCUGAAGGCCCACCAAAGAACGCAUACAGGUGAAAAGCCGUACAAGUGCUCCUGGGAGGGCUGUGAAUGGAGGUUUGCGAGGAGCGACGAGCUGACCCGCCACUACCGCAAACACACAGGUGCCAAGCCGUUCAAGUGCCGCAACUGCGAUCGCUGCUUCUCGAGGUCCGAUCACCUGGCGCUGCACAUGAAGCGCCACAUGUGAGGCGAGAUUUAAGCAGGGCCAUCCGGAAAAGCCGGGAAAUCCAGAGGCGGAGUGGAGGAGGAGGAAUCCAGCGGAAACUGUGUGCCAUCAAGGAACGAUGAAAAACUUGCGUAACGCUAAUCAAAACCACUUUAUUCGUGGAGCAUGAGGGGUGGGAAAGUAAUCAAGGAAAAAACCAACUAGGAAAACAUCACAACACAAGCACAAAGAUGGAAAUUCAAGUUCUCUGAUUCCGAUUGACAUUUGUGUUGCCAUUAUUGUCGCCGUUAUCGUUUUCGUUAUCGUAUGGUUAUCGUCGUUAUCGUUUCAAUUGCAAAUUCGAUUUGUUUCAAUGCCUUGUUAAGAAUAAGUUUAAGCUUUAGCAGCCUGAUCGCAUUUCCCCAUUCACACCUAGCAUUUAGCCGCAAGUUCUGAACAAACAGCAAAAAUUGUGUACAAUUUACCAAAGCUAAGCUGAUUUCUUUAAUUAGUAAAGCAGCGACAAAAAUCCAGCAUUUGCUAGGAAAAAUACAAAAAAAUAGUAACUUAAUUAAAAAUAAUAUUUUUGUUUUCAUAAUGUGAACACUGCCAAAAUGA